AUGAGCUUUGCGGCGAACUACCUGGGACAUUUCCUGCUCUGCAACUUGCUCCUGGAGGACCUCAAGCGAAGCGCAUCGAAGCCGGCCCGCUGCGUGAUCCUGGGCACUGUCACUGCCACUGUGAACGGUGCGGAAUUGGGUGGCAUGAUCCCGCCCCUGGCUCACGUAGGAGACCUUGAGGGCCUGGAGAAAGGCAUGAAAGCCCCCGUCACAAUGCUGGACGGCCAGGAGUUUGAUGGCGCAAAGGCAUACAAGGACAGCAAGGUCUGCGAUGUGAUGCUGAUGAAGGAGUUGCAUCGACGUUAUCACCAAGAGACUGGAAUCGUCUUUACCUCCCUCUACCCCGGCUGCAUCGCAGAGACUGGUCUCUUCCGAGAGCAUUACCCACUCUUCCAGAGCCUCUUCCCCGCUUUCCACAAGACCGUGACCAAGGCCUAUGUGAGCCAGGAAGAGGCGGGUAAGCGUUUGGCUGCCGUUGUGGCAGAUGAGCGCUACGCCACCUCUGGAUCGUAUUACAGCUGGGGCGGAGAGGCCGGCACUGGAGGCAGCGGCGGCAAGGAAGCCGUGGAGAACAAAGAGAAGGACCUCGAUUGGUUCAUGAACUAUGGGAGCUUCCGCACUCUUUCCGUGGACGAGAUCGGAGGCGAAGCGGCCGACAACGCCCGCUGUCGCAAGCUCUGGGAGCUCAGUGAAAGGCUGGUUGAGGCCAACUGA